AUGUCAGUCCCACAAACUCAGACCGCCCUCCUCGUCGCCUCUGCCGGUGAGCCCUUCACGGUCUCCACUCGCUUCGUGCCCAAGCCCGGAUCGGGACAAGUCCUUGUCAAGGUCGAAGCUGCGGCUUUGAACCCGAUCGACCAUUUGAUACAGAGCAGGGGGAUGUACAUUAGAGAGUGGCCGGCUGUGGCGGGCAGCGAUGGGGCGGGAAGCGUUGUUAGUGUUGGGGAAGGUGUUGAGGGAGGACCUGUUAAGGUUGGGGAUAGAGUAUUGUUCGAGGGUAUUUUCGCCGCGAAUAGGGGUACUUUCCAGCAAUAUGCCCUUUCGGAUGCAAGUCGCACUGUCAAGAUUCCAGCUAACCUCUCCUACGAUGCCGCCGCCACUUUCCCUCUUGGCUUCCAUACAGCCGCUCUCGCCCUCUACGGGACCUUCCAGUUCGAGUUUGGACCCGGAGACCGAAUCUGGCGAGGCAUGGGCUUGGAGAUCCCGGUAGGACAAGGGGAAGGGAAGUACAAGGAUGAGCCGAUCUUGAUCACGGGAGGUUCGAGUAGCGUUGGGCAGUACGCCAUUCAACUCGCGAAACUGUCAGGCUUCAACCCCAUAAUAACGACCGCUUCACCCUCCAACACGGCCUACUGCACCUCCGCCGGCGCAACACACGUUAUCGACUACCACACCGUCCCCUACAGCGCUCUCGGCGAGCACAUCUCCUCCACCAUCACCACCAAACCCAUCCGCAUCAUCUCCGACGUCGUGUCUUCGGCCGAGUCGCAAAGAGCGUGCUGGGACAUACUUUCCGGCCAUAAUGGAAAUGGGAAGAUGUCGAUCACGUUGCCGUUGGCGGAGACGAUUAAAGGGGAGAUGAAGGAGAAUUUGGUGGAUGGGAAGGAGGGAGGGAAUAAGGGUAUAUAUUCGGUGUUUGGGAAUGGGAAUGCGCCGGGGUUGCAGGAGGAUGGGGAUAAGCUCGCUGCAGCAUUGGAAGGGUGGUUGAAGGAGGGGAAAAUCAAGCCGAACAAUGUCGAGCUCCUUCCUGGUGGCCUCGCAGCCGUCGCGGAGAACGUGAAACGGUUCCAUGCUGGGGGUGUCAGCGCCGCCAAAUUGGUCGUUAGGCCUUUUGAGACGGUGGUAUGA